AAAAAAAGGAAGAAAGAGAAAGAACCAGCGGAGGAGCGCAGGCGCGAAGGACGCAGUCAGAAGUUCUCGGGGAAGGGGAGGGUGAGCCCGGUGCCAGGACCACAACCCGGGCACACAGGAGCCCUGAGCGGGGAGAGGAGGCCGGCGCGGACCCCCCGGCGCCCCCCAACGCCGCCCUCCCCCGCCGCCUUCCCCUGCCGCCUUCUCUCCCUUUCUUCUUCCCGCCGCUCGCCGGGGGUCGCUGCCCCGUGUCCGGGCUCCGCGGAGCUGGCGGCGGGGCGGGCGGGCGCUCGGCGUUGUUCGCCUUCGCCGAAGUGUGGCCCCGCCGCCGCCCCGUAGCCCGCGCGUCCGCGUCCCUUUCGGUCUCCAGGCAACCGUGGCCGGGUCCUCGCGGCGGGAGAACCCAACCGACCCUGGCGGCGGGACGCACCGCGGACCCCAGAAAGGGCGGACGAGCCGGGCGCCGGCGUCAUGGACCUGGUCAUCACGCAGGAGCUGGUCCGCGCCGAGAGCCAGCAAGAUGCUGCGUCCUUGAAGAAGGCCUACGAGUUGAUCAAAUCGGCCAACCUAGGGAAAUCGGAGUUUGACCCCUCAGAGAGCUUCAGCCCAGACCUGUUUGUUCUGUGUGCAGAGCAGGCCCUCAAGAUGGGGCAGCCAGAGGUGAGCAAGGACUGCAUCCAAAUGUACUUCAAGGUGAAGGCGCCCAUCACCCAGUUUCUGGGCCGAGCGCACCUGUGCAGGGCCCAGAUGUGUGCCCCAAAGUCGGCAGAAAACCUGGAGGAAUUUGAAAAUUGCGUGACUCAGUACAUGAAGGCCAUAAACUUUGCCAAAGGAGAACCGAGGUAUUACUUUUUGGUGUACAAUGCAUCAGUCCUCUACUGGCAGAUGGUGAGGCCGUUCCUCGAGCCUGGAUAUCGCCACCAUCUGAUCCCCAGCCUUUCCCAAAUUGUAAACGUGCUGAGUCAGACCGAGGAGGAAGACAAGGAGUGGCACGCCGAGCUGAUGCUGGAGCUUCUGGAGUGUUACCUGCAAGCUGGAAGAAAGGAGGAGGCUGCCAGGUUCUGCUCCACUGCAGCUCCGUUCAUCAAGUCUCACGUGCCGCAGAAAUACCGACAGAUGUUUUCCGUUAUGGUUCGUCAUGAAUUAAUGGACGAACUUCAGUUAAAGGAAGAAAAGAAAAAUUCCAUUAGCCUGUCAGUCACUUUCUAUAUUAAUAUGCUAAAAGCAAAAGCAGAGCAAAAUGAUUUACCAGGCGACGUCAGUGUCAUUCUGAGGAAGGCCUAUAGACACUUAAGUCAUUACAACCACCAGCGCUUUCCUUCCAUCAGAGAAGAAAAAAUGCUUUUGCUUUUUGAACUGGCACGUUUUUCCUUGACCUUGAAAUGCAUGGAGAUCUCCUCUGACUGCCUCUCAGACCUCAAGAAGAUGGAAAGCAAAGAUCCUGGGAAGCUGAUUGAAAUGGAAUGUCUGGAGUGUGAAUCAGAAGCUUUAAGACUUGAAAAUCAGAUGAAAAUGUACAUCCGAGCGGCUGUUGAGGCCCAGCUGGAUAUCAUACAGAGACUAGACGUGGCGCUGCAGCGAGCCGUCCGCCUGGGCGACCCCCGGGUCAUCCACGUGGUGUGCACCACGCAGUGGAACACCUGCCUGCCCCUGCUGCAGCACAACCUGCGGCACCACCUGCGGAAGCCCCUGGCUGGCGUUGCGGACGUGCUGGAGAAGGUGGACAGCCUCAUGACGCUGCUGCGCUGCCAAGUGCACAUGGAGAUGGCGCAGAUCGAGGAGGACGAGGACCGGCUGGAGCCCGCCAUGGAGCACCUCCAGAAAGCCGCGCGCCUGGACAGCCUGGGCCUCUACCAGGACAGGCUCCAGAUGGCCUCCACCCGGCUGCGCCUGUGCACCACACUAUACCAGGCCCCCGAGCGUGCAGAGGACAAGGCCAUCAUGGCCAUCGAGCAGGCCAAAAAAGCGACCCCAAAGGACGGCGUCAGGAAGAAGCGGGCCCUGCUGGUGAACGCAGGCCUGGCCUUAGCCCCCGACACGUUUCAGAUCGUGCUGGACAGUGAGAAUGAGGCCAAGGUCUCCACCGGGAAGAGCAGGGGCCGGUUCACCUACCUUUGUGCAAAGGCGCGGCACCACAUCGUCAGCGUGGACAAAGCUGCCGGGCACCUGCGGCGCCUGGGCAACGAAAACAGCAAGGAGAGGAUACAGAUUUGGGCAGAGCUGGCCAAAGUGGCCCGGAAACAAGGCGUGUGGGACGUCUGUCGGACGGCGAGCCGCUUCUGCCUCCUGUAUGACAACGUCAAGGUGAAGAAAUCGAGGCUGCGGAGAGGGAAGAAGAGGCGAGGUAGGGACGGCUCGGUGCAGGACACCUGGAGCCACCCUGAGGUUGUCCUGCAGAGGCAGGUGUGUCCUGACCUGCUGCGGAAGUUCGCGGAGGUGGGGUUCAUCGGUGCUGAGGCCACGGUUCAUUUGCUGCGGUCAGAAGGUGUAGAGCUGAACGACCGGGCCAUCCCCCCAGAAGACCUGAGCCAGCACCCAGCCGGCUACGUGCCCGAGCCCCCGGAGGCGAAUGCCGAGUGGAUCACAUACAGAACCUGGGUGGAGAGUCUGUCCCAGUAUGCCAUGAAUAACUGGCUACGCUCCGCGGAGAUCGGACAGGAGAUCCAGGAGGCGUGGAUCGUACAGAACGCCGUGGUCUACGUCCUGAACCACAACCACCACCUGAUCCUGGCCGGGCGGCAGAAGGAGCUGGUGGACGCCCUGUACCACCUCCUGAGCAUCGUCAAGGCCACAGGCCACAGUGGGGACCCCGUGAUGCUGGUGACGCUCUGCAACACUUUGGCGCGAGGCCUGAUCAUCAGCUGGAUUCCAGUCCAGGCUGCUGAGAAGUCCAGGAAAUUCAUGCGACCAAACACGUUUCACAGCCCACUGGAUGCAGGAGCCACCUCUGAGAUCAAAACAGCGGUGGAGGUCUGCGAGUUUGCCCUGAACCUGACCAAUGGGAGUGCGCCCGAGGAGACAGUGCCCACCAGCACCCGGCAGCAGCUCAUCGCCACCUGGGUCAAGGCCAAGCAGCUGCUGCAGCAGCAGAUUGGGCCGCGGCUGGGCACCGAAGAGCAGGGCACCAACGAGGAUGUCAGCUCGGUGACCAGAGUCCUCGUUGCCUUGGAAAUGUACUCAUGCAACGGGCUGGGCCUCAUGGACUUCACUGUCCCCUCCCUGGCCCAGUUGGUGAAAAUGGCUUCCGAGUGCAACUGGUCGGACCCCCUGGUGGAGCUGCAGACCCUGACGCGGCUGACCCACUUCGCCUAUGCGGCACGUGACCAUGAGACCACCAUGGCCUGUGCUCACAGGGCUGUGGAAAUGGGCAUCAAGUACCUAAAGAUAUUUGGGCCCGAGGAGUCCCGGCUGGUGGCAGAGAUGCUGUGCACGGCCACGGGCAUCCAGGGCAGGAGCAUCAUGGAGAACCUGAAGGGCCGGAAGCAGCUGCGGCUGGUGGCAGCCAAGGCCUUCACAGAGAGCGCCAGGUUUGGAGGCAUCGCGGGCAGCAGCACCCUGGUGAUGCUGGCCGCACGGCACUACUGGAACGCCUGGCUCCCGCUCCUGUCCUCAGCCGUCUACAGGAAGAAGGCCAAGGGUGCCCUGAAGAGGAUCAUUGGCAUCAUCAACAAGACAGAGGCCAGAAAGCAGGAGAAAGAGAAGACGCUGCUUCUGCACCAGUGGCCCACGGCUGACUUCCAAGGCGGCGGGACGACCGAAGGAUAUUUUCUUCCAGGGGCUGAGGACGACCUGACGCUCCGUGCUGCGCUCUAUGGCCUGCUCUUCCACAGCCACGCCGACCAGGACGACUGGGAGGGUGGCCUCAAGGUGCUGGACGAGGCCGUGCAGGUGCUGCCAAGGACAGCUCACCGCCUCUUGAUCUUCAAGCACAUAGUCAUACGUGAAGGCCAAGCUCGAGGCAAAUUUCCAGAUCUACAGAAAUUCAAGGCCGAGUGA